CCACAGAGCGGAAACGCUUUAAGUUUUUAACCUCGUCAGUGAUCUACAGUUGCAGCUCCAGAGAAAGCACCCGCUUGGCUUUAGGUUUAACCGUUUUCUUCACCUAUUUAUGUGUUUUAACAGAUAACUACAUGGCUACGACAGGACGGAAGGACUCCUCUGAGCGAGAAAGACUUCCCUCUCCGGUGACUCGCUACGGCUCCACAGACAGCAGUGGCGGCGAGGAUGACUAUCAGAUUAACAGUCAUGACAACAACUGUAACCACCACCGGUUUGCCACAGCAGCAGGAGGUCACUGGGUCCACACUGGAGAGGAAGAGGAGGCGAUUCGCAGGAAGCUGAAAUACUUCUUUAUGAGCCCUUGUGAUAAAUAUCAUGCCAAGGGGCGCUAUCCUUUUAAACUUCUCCUGCAGCUAGCCAAAAUUUUUGUUGUCACCGCUCAGUUGGUGCUGUUUGGCCUCAGUAACCAGGUGGUGGUGACCUUCAAGGAGGAGAACACUGUGACCUUCAAGCACAUCUUCCUCAAGGACUACGAUCAGUCCUCAGAUGACUCCUUUGCAGUUUACACACAGCAGGAUGUCUACGACCACAUCUUCUAUGCUGUGGAGCAGUAUCUGGCCUUGCCAGAGACCACAGUGGGACGCUAUGCAUAUGUCUAUGACCUUGCCGAGAAUGGCAGCGCCCUCUUUCUCUGCCAGCAGUACUACAAAAAGGGACACAUUGACCCCGCCAAUGACACGUUCAGCAUAGACCCCCGCGUCAUCAAAGAUUGUGUUGGUGUGAACCCCAUGGCGAUCCCCCGUGAAGGUCCCCUCACGAGCAACUACAAGAACUUUACACUCAAGUUCCACAAGUUGAUUAAUGUUACCAUAGAGUUCCAGCUGAAGGCGAUAAAUAUCCAGACUAUCAUCAACGACGAGAUCCCAGACUGCUACACCUUUCAUAUAACAAUAGUUCUGGACAACAAGGCUCACAGUGGCAAGGUGAAGAUCCGACUAGAUAACGAGGCGUCAAUAAAGGAGUGCAAAGACCCGAGCAUCUCUGGACAGGUUCAGACGUACGCACGUUUGGCAUUUGAUAUUGUUGUGGUUCUGAUGUGCAUGCUGUCGCUGGUGCUGUGCGGACGCUCCAUAAUACGAGGCAUCAUACUGCAACGGGAGUUUGUGCAGUUCUUUAAGACAACGCUGGAUCGUAAAGUGUGCUGGGGAGACCGGCUUGAGUUUAUUAACGGCUGGUAUAUCCUCCUCAUCAUCAGUGACAUCUUUACUAUCACUGGCAGUUUCAUCAAAAUCGGCAUCGAGACAAAGAAUAUAUCCUCCUAUGACCUCUGUGCCAUCCUUUUGGGAACCUCCACUCUCUUGGUGUGGGUGGGAGUCAUUCGCUACCUCACAUUCUUCCAGAAGUACAAUAUCCUUAUCGUGACACUUCGAGCAGCUUUCCCCAAUGUGAUUCGGUUCUGCUGCUGUGUGGCUGUCAUCUAUCUGGGCUACUGCUUCUGUGGCUGGAUCGUCCUUGGACCAUACCAUGUCAAGUUCCGCUCUCUGUCCAUGGUGUCCGAGUGUCUAUUCUCCCUCAUUAACGGCGACGACAUGUUCGUGACGUUCGCAGAGAUGCAGGAGACCAGUCCUCUAGUGUGGCUGUUUAGCCAGGUUUACCUGUACACCUUCAUCUCCCUCUUCAUCUACAUGGUGCUGUCUCUGUUCAUCGCUCUCAUCACAGGAGCGUACGAGACCAUCAAGCAUCAAACCCAAGAACCAAUCCACAUAACAGAUCUGCAUGCCUUCAUAGCAGAGUGUACAGAUGCACCGAAUUCUGGGAAGUUCAGAGGUCUGGAGACUUCACCUUGCUCCUUCUUCUGCUGCUGUGACAGAACAACCACGUAUGAAGAUGUCCUGCUGGUGAACUGAUGUCAACCUCGCCAACCUCUGAGGCCUCACUAGCCUCCCCUGCUGACCAGUGGGGAACACUGCAUGCACCCAACACCCGGUGUCUCUGUGUAUCUGGGUCAAACCGCAGGACUGCUCCCAAGCGGGAGUUGCGAUUGGCUGAAACUUUGCUGUGCAGAGGAAACGUGGAACAGCAGCCGUCUUCUUGGACCUCUAGCUUUAUGAGGAAGCAGCUGUUGGCUGAUGAAGAGCUGGGCCUUUUCCUCUGUAUGAGCAGCAGCAUCGAGGACGACUAGUGCACAGACAUUUCUCUCGUUUCUAGUGUGUUUUUGAAACAAUAUUCAGUAUUUUUAAUAUAUCUGGUAUAUUUUAUGGUCAGCCAGAGUAGGAACUUUUUUGGUACUUUCUAUGUUUUGUUUGUAUGUUUGUUUUGCUUUUGUAUUUCAAAUCAGUUGUCUCCUGAGGAGGAGACUCCUAAAAUUAGAUAUUUAUAUCAUAUCAUAUUCAGCAACACUUUAUUGUACAGAACUCAUUUUAAAAUUUUAAAUAAUAUAAUAUCUCUUAAACGCCUUUUUAUACCCAAAGCUAAUUUUCAUUUAACAGUGGAGAAUCAUGACAUCACAUUUAAACAGAACGGGACAAAAAAAAUUCCCAUGUGAGUGUUUUUAACACUGUUCCGAAACAUAUCAGAAAACGGGAUCCAUACGGCGUGGAAUUGAUUCGUUUUCUUUGUGAGCUGCACAUUUACUACAAAGUUUCGACCAGUGUCAUUAGCUGCGGCUCUGCUGCAUCAUGUUGCCUUCAAAUGUAGAUCCCAGUUUAUUUCAUUUUUAUUGCUUUGUUUUCUUUCAGUAACGAUCAGGGUAAUGGGACACACUCGCUCACUAACAAAGCACUCAGCUUUUGCCUGACCUCGGCUGCAGUUUCUUCUCCAGACCCACGUUUCUUUAAUGAAGCCAAAGUAUUAAAAAGAAACUCAGUGUAUCAAAGCCAAAAGUGCUGCACCCCUGUUUGUAGACUGCAUUGAUGGCCAUAAGCAGACUGGAUCUGACUUAUUUUAAGCACAAUAAGUAGUUCUGAGUAAAGUGAAGUCUGGUUUGGGAGAGAUAACAAGAAGGAAAACAACAGAUUGUCCUGUUUUAGUGGCUUGCUCUGCUUUUUUGUUGUUGUUUGUUGUCUUGAUAAUGAUGUCUGUAACUGCUGCCUAAUGACUUGAUCUUUAGUAGAAACUUGAAUAACAAAUGUUUGUUUGUCUUUAAAAAAGAAACGCACAAUAGUUGAAGGAGUUUUUCAGUCUGGACUCCAAAAGCCAUUUGGAGAGAGGAUCUCUGGGUCAGGGAGGAGUAGGUAAAUGAAGUAUAAGAUGCUUUUUCAGCCUUUUCAUUUUCUGCUGGAAACACCAGCAGAGUAAAUUGUAAGCUAAACAUACAGAUGGACUUUGGAUUUCCAUGGAAAACAUGUCUGAAUUACAAAUAACUUUAAAUGUUGUAUGUUGUGUUUCCUUGGAGUUUGUUUGUUUUUGUUGAUCUUGUUUUUGUUUUGUGUUGUUGUGUUUGUUUGGUUUUUUUUUUAUGAAUUACCUGCACUUGAACUGUACUUGUGAGGGACAAUGCAUAGUAUGAGUUGCAUAGUUGUCAAACUACUGAUUAAAGUUUCCCGGUCUGAUCCAAGGCAACGAGCCGUCUGCUGCUGUUCCACCUAACCAUCAGCAGAGGGAGGAAGUAGUUCAUCUGUCUGGAUGCUGAUUUGGUUUUUUGGUUUUUUUAUCAGGAUUACUCAAAAGCUAGAUUAGAUUUUGAAUUUAUUGUCAAUAAAUACACAAGUGUACAAGGGGUAAAUAACAUUGCAACUGGUACGACACAGGAUGUAAAACAAUAAAAAAUAUAGUAUUUUUCCUGCUAUAUAUUUAAAUAUAAAGUGCAAUGGUAAAAAUGA